AUGUCAGAAGCCAAACUAAUGGUGAGCCCUUCCUCCUGCCGUUCUUUAUUCUUACAUUUUUUUUGUAUUGUUUUAUUAAUUACUAAAAUGUCUGUCUCUGUGUUUACUUCAAAAUGUGACAGACAUCUUUCCUGCGAGGAUCCUGGUCCAGCAGAAAACCAUCAGCGAGAACAGUGAUCUUUAUCUAACCUGCAGCACAUUUGGGAAGAAAAACGUAGAGGUUUUUGUUUAUUUAUGCAAGAAUGACCAGGCAUAUGAGCAUAAAUUACAGAAGCAAGAUCAAAAUGACUCCACAUUCAUCAAGUCCAAUGUCAAUCUCCAUGACAGUGGGAAUUACAGCUGUGUCUACUCCUUAAGGGAAAAACCCUUUUCACAGGUAACCAAAAGAGGACACAACAUCAUUCAGAUUCUGGUCAUAGGUAAGAUAGUUUCAUCAUUAAUCAUCUGUUGUAUCACUGUCAUGUACCUUCACUCACUUUGCCUUUCCUUUGCACAGCCAAUUUUCUGCCUGCAGUUAUUUCACUACUUGGGUCGUCUACUGUCACAGAGGGAAAUUAUGUUGAGUUCAAGUGCACCCUCUCUGUCACCCUGCAAACCCUUGGGGAAUGUCAGCUUAUCCAGUCUUACCUGCAGAGGGAUGAGGCCAUCCUGCAGGUGGGAGCAUUCAAUGUCACGCAGAGAAAAACAACGUUCGUCAUCCAGGGAGCCGUCACGAGGGAUUCUGGUCAUUACAGCUGUGUGGUACUGCCGUCUAAAUGUAUCCAGGAGCAGCAAAAGAUGAUCCAUGGAGAAAAUAAAGUAGAACUACAAGUCACAGGUCAGACAGUCAGUUCAGAUUUCUUCUCUUAAGUGAUUAAAAAACAAAGUUAUUUUAACCAUUGUAUUUACAAGACUGUUUUGCUUCUCAGGGGGUCUCUUCCUCAGACUGGUCGUCAUUGGUGUAGCGAUAACCCUCUUGGUAUUACUGGGUGUGUUACUUGGUUUUUGGUGCAUCAUCAAACAAGGUUAGAUGAUGUGAAGCAAACUGAGAAGGUUAUCAAUUUCAAGGGUCAAAUUAUGUAGUGAAUGGCCAUUUCGCUACUCCUGGUUCAAUUCUACAAAUUUCCAUACUUGAAUACCAACUUUUGAGUACCUAAGUCUAAAGUGUACUUGAUUUAUUUGCCCCUAAAAUGUGUGUUUUGAUUAUUCGGCAGGGUUUCUCACAGCUUGGUGCGUCCCAAGGUGAGUGUCAGUUCAAUGGGUUGAAAUCUGUAUGAUAAAUAAAAACAUUCACAGACUUAAAGCUCCUGUGAGGAACUUUCAGUUUGUGUAAGUUUUGCGGACAAAGCAGUGUCUUCUGAUCAUGAUAUUAUCAUAUCCUGCUGAUUUAUGAUGCCCAAAUGUUGCAUUUAUCAUGAAUAUUUUGUUUGGAAAUAAAAAGUGCCGCUUCUUCAGCUGCUCGGCUGACACCUACCCCCUUGCACCCAUGUUGGGUAUCAAAAGUUACAGCGUAAAAAUGAUCAGUCUCGUCACUGAUCACCUCGUUUGUUUUUGGACUCUGUAAAAAGGCAUCGAGAAGAAUUUCAGUCCAUCUCAUGAACGUCAGACACUCCUCACUGCAGCUUUAAGAACAGGCACUAUAAAAUCAUAAAUGAGCAGUCACUGAGCUUUCCCUAGUUGUAUAUUUUCUCAGACAACUGCUGCAAAAUUGUGCACUGAGGACAAAAAUAAACUCUUGGAAACAAAAGAAUCUGUCUCUGAUGUUUGAGUUCAACAAUACUGAACUGAUUGAAGAGCUUGUUUAUUCCUCGGAUUGUGUUUUCUCACAGUGCCGGGAGUCAGCAGCAGCAGGCAGAUUCAGACAUGCUGGAGGAACAGCAGGAGCAGGCAGACGCUGAGGAUCUGGAAACACAGGAUGGUAUGUUAGUAAUAGAUUUACAGUAAAGACUUUCUCUGGGGAACUCCUAAUGAAAUUAACUCUGAUGACCUGAAAACGUAAUCUAGCUACUUUUUGUCCUGUCUGUUGAAAACAACAGCAUGACCAGAAACAGCCAGAUAACAGAGAGGGGGUGCCGCUUUUGUUAAUGUUGUUGGGUUUUUUUUAGAUGAAAGAUUAAACAUUCAGGCUUUCCUCAUAUUAGAUUAUGUUUGUUAUCUAAAAGUUACCAGAAUUUUAAAAGCACUAAAUUUAUGUUUUAAAACUAGAAAUGCAUUUUUUUUUUUUUACACAAGACUCAACUCCUGCCAAUCUUUUGUGUCCAAAAAGAGACUAACUGCUGCCAUUUUUAUCCCUGUGCAAUAAUGAUGUCUUGUAUGCUCCCUCUCAGGGUUUUCAUGCUCUGCUUUCAAGUCUUCACACAUGAUUGUUUGCCGUACUCCUAACCCUAUCUCUAACCCACCCUAGGACUAACAUGUGUACUCUUAUUUAUGAUCCGCUUCCGAUUCCUUCUAAUCUGGCUGGAUUUUAUAGUCCCAAGACAUUUUUCUCACAGUCUGCUCCAAAGAUCAGAAUUCGGAUGUGAAAAAAUGUGUUUAGUUUGUGGCUUCCUAUACUUGGAACAAAUUACGAAAUGACCUGAAACUUGCUGAUUUUAUGAGUGCUUACAAAAGGCUUGAAGGCAUACAAUUGUUCUGUUUUAAAUUCUAGCUACUCUUUGUUUGUCAAAAACUUUAGUUUGUCUGUUUGUUAGUUUGAAUUUCCCCUUGGGGAUCAAUAAAGUUCUACUUCUUCUUCCUCUUCUUGGCCAGGAGUCUUAUUGUAUUUUAUUUUUUUAUCUCAAAGAGUUUCUUUUGAUUAAAUGAAGGUUGAAUGAAAUAAAACAUAUCAUUUUUUUUGUCUGAUGUCUUCUUAGGAAAGUUUUUAGAUAUAAGUGGCUGUGAAUUUUUAUUUCUAAUUCAACUUUUUCCUUUCUUUUUUUUAGAAGAUUCUUUUGGCGAAGAAGAAGAAGAGUAAGCACAUUGAUCAUUUCAUUAUUUAUUAUUUACCUUCAUUUUGUAGCUCAAAAAAUUUAACAAAGACAUGCAGCUAUAUGUAAAUUAAUAUACUGUAUGUGGUGCCUUUUUAUUAUUAUUAUUACUUUGCAGCUAUGAGAAUCAAAAUUAUCAUAGCCAUGUGGUCCCUGUUGAUGAGGACAACCUUAACCUUUCAGACCCGGAUGGAUUGUACAGUACUGUCGGUAAGGAUUGACCUGCUUUUGUUUUAAAAGUUUAAGAGUUUAAGUUAAAGACUUUAAAACUUUGAUCUGUGACAUGACUAACACGUUAAUAGCAUGUAGAGAAUAUGUGCAUGCUGACAAAUUUAAUUGAAGUUACUGUAAAAUGUUUUUUAAAUCAUCCAUUCUUAGUAUUCUCAACAACAGCUGACAAAAUGAAAUGUUGUGCAAUUUGUCAGAUGCAUGAUUUUCUCUUCUUGUUUCGAUGUAUCAAAUUUUUUUCUUGAACUGGUCACUACAAAGACUAAACACCAACUAGUAACAACACAACAAAGAUUUUCUAGCUCAUGAGGUUGGAGCUUUCGAUAGCUCGGUGUAGUUUACUGUCAGUGAGCUUGGUGUAGGUUACAGGAAAACCACAUCUUGCUCCGUAGCAGGUGUAAGCAAAUAUAAAAAGACUCUUACAGCAAGCUUUUCAACCGCCUGGGGUUAAUUCUGUCGCCUUCUCUUUCAGAGAAAACGUGACAGAAUUAACCAAGAACAGAAGGUGAAACCAAGAACAAAUCAACUUCAACUUUAUUAUUAUCAUCCCGUAAGAAAUUUGGUUUACAGCAGGCAUCAGCACAACAGUACACGAUAAACAUAAAAAAACACCGCGAAAAAAAAAUGAGCACAAGUGAGAAAUCUUCAGACUCUCAUAACAGAUAAUUGAUUUUAACUGUGAAUUUUUCUCCACAGAAGAGAAAGGAAGAGCGAUGUGCACUUACGCGACAUCCAUCAGAAAGAAAAAGCGGCAGCCAUGAUUUAUUUUCUUCUAUUUCUGUUGUUAUUAAACCUGGGUCACACUUUUUGGAUGAUAUUUCCUUCUUUUGUUUUCAUAAAUUGUAUGAAAUAAAUGAAGGUGUGAACAUCUACCCACUGAAUCUACCUGAAAAGACAGUGUAGCUUCAAUCUGCUUCUUGUCCUCAAAGACUCAACAGAAACUCUUACAUGUUGUAUUAAAACAUGUUCUCCUUUUUUGAAAUAUAGAAUAACACAGGGGCUCAAGUGAAACUGUCAGAUCUUUGAAUUGAAGCAGAUAUUUUCUCUUCUCACGUUUGUUGUUUUCUUUGUUUGACCCUGUAAAGCACAAAGGGAUAGAAAAUAAAAAGCUGUUUCUUGUGACUGAUUGUGUUUCAAAAUGACUUUGAUUAACUGAUUAGCUUUAUUUGUG